AUGGUUAAGGGGAGAAGGUCCAAGAGACGGAGGUGCCCGGUAGCUAACCUCACCGAUGACCUCAUCGUUGAGAUCCUCUCUCGCCUCCCUGCCAGAUCGGUCUGCCGCUUCAAGUGCGUGUCCACGACAUGGCGGGACCUCAUCUCGCACCCCGUGAACCGUAUGAAGCUUCCCCAGACCCUGGCUGGCUUCUUCACGAAGCACGAUAGUGAAACUGUGCCAUGGUCAGUUCCCCGCUUCACCAAUGUCUCUGGCACUGGCAGAGGCCUCCCGUUGGUCUCCCCUUUGCUUGACUUCCUGCCAGUCCACAAACGCAUUUUUCUCUUGGACAGCUGCAAUGGCCUUCUUCUCUGCAGGUGUUACGGAACCCAACUUAGUACCGGGGAAUGGGAUUUGACAGAUUACCAUCACUUUGUGUGUAAUCCCGCCACAAAGGAGUGGGUUGCACUACCGGGCAAAUGGCAGUGUUCACGUCUGGGUUUUAAUCCAACCGUGUCACCCCACUUCUACGUGUUUGAGUUCUUCAGAGACUAUGGGCACUUAGCCCCCAUGGUCAUUGGUGAGGUGUAUUCAUCUGAAACAGGAGGAUGGGUUCGUGAGGAGAAUGAAGUGGACAAUGAUUUUAGCUUUCCCCAUAGGUUGCCAGCUGUCUUCUUCAACGGUUGUAUGCAUUAUCUCACCAACAAGGCUUCUAUAGCCGUGGUGGACACCGGGGGGAAAGCUUGCCGAAACAUACCUGUCCCUGUCCCUGGCGAGCAGGAGUUCGGUUUCAUUCAGCUGUCCCAAGGACGUUUGCAUUAUGCCAAUUUUGAGGCAGACCAUGAAGACAAGGUGGUUCGACUAGUGGCUUAUGUUCUUGAGGACUACGACAGGCAACGAUGGACAUUGAAGCAUACCGCUGAAGCUCCAUAUAUACUUGGAUGGCCAAGUGGUUUAUAUGAACCUGGAUGGAAUAAUUCUAUUAAUCUCGCGGAGGAGUUUGAGUGGGUUGCAGUUCAUCCAGACUGUAACAUGAUCUUCUACACUCUUGAGUCGGAUAAAAUAUUGAUGUCCUACGAUAUGGAUCGUCGGCAUGUCCAAGAGAUAUUCACUCUUGGAGCCAGCACUCAGGAGACAUAUCUUCCGUAUGUGCCAUUGUUCUCGGAGUUACAAGCUUUGCACAUAUGA